CUGUCGCUAUUAGCAAUUUAAUUUUAGUAUAAUCGAAGAAUAUCUAACAAGCAGUGGCAUUGGACGUGUUUAUUAGCACCGACGACCCAAAAUCAUUAAUUAUCAUCCGAUUGGUUUGUUAUUAAUAAAAAUAUGUCAACACGCCGGCAGGCCAUCACAUUAUACCGUAAUUUGUUACGUGAGGCUGAAAAGCUGCCUUCAUACAAUUUCAGAAUGUACGCUGCCCGUAAAAUACGAGACACAUUCCGGGCCAACAGAACUAUCAAUGAUUUUGAAGAAAUCGAUCGACAAGUGGCAAAUGCAAAACAAAAUCUCGACCUGAUAAGAAGACAGGUUAUUAUUGGCCAUCUGUAUACCGCGGACAAGCUAGUCAUUGAACACAAGAAGACACUUCGCCCAGACUGCUGAGGCAAGAUAACUUAUUUAUGAAGUGUCUGACCGCCGCCAGUUAAGAACAUGUUGAGCAGAACCCUUUAGUAUCACAUUGUUCUGGUUCUAUUUAGCUUUCUUUACCAUUUUAAUUUUUUGGAAUUUUAGAAUGUAAGGCAACCCACUUAGUCGUGAAAUGGAAGUUGCUGCAGAAACACCAGUUUAAUAGUAUGUAUAAAAGCACGUGAAUUUAUACACAAAUAAUCCUUACAUAAAAAAGUACUUCUACUUGAAGUAAAAAAUAAAAAGCAGUACAAUCCAAA